AUGAUUGACAGACAGGUUGAAACCUGGUGUGUGCAAACUAUGACUGUCCAAGAAUUGAAGCCUCGGGGGGGCUCAGAGGGCCCUAAUAAUGGAUCCGGAGACAUUCUUUCACCCCCAGAGGUCCUGGAGAACGAUAAGGACUCUUUUCGGGACGCCUAUCCUCCUCAGGACAGUGAAAAUCUUUUGGGAAGGGUCCUCGCUGGUAAGAAUAACACUAAUUAA